AUGAUCCUGCAACACUUUUUCCGGUUUUCCACCAUCCUGCGAUCUUCCCUUGCUGUUGAGCUCCAGCGAAACAUCUUGUUCACAGCAGUGGUGUUUAACAAGACCAAGAGCCUUGACCCAAUCCAAAAACUCUUUAUAGUUAACAUCCAUGACUAUGACACUAAGAGCAAGAAAGCGGCUGGUCCUGUUGAUGCUGGUCCAGAAUACCAGAAAAAUAUGGAUGAGGAGAUUGCCAAACUGCAACAGCUCUAUGGGGGUGGAGACCUCACCAAAUUCCCAGAUUUUAAAUUUGAGGAAUUGAAAUUUAAUGUAAUCAGCAAGUGA